AUGGAAAAGGCUGAAUUAAAUGCUCUGGAUUCUUACUUUACGAUUGAAGAUAAUCAGGUUUGCCUUAAUAAAGGCGUGAUUACCGACUCAGAUGGUAUGCUAUACGACAAUGGAGAAUGUACUGAUGUGCAAUUACCGUCAAAACUAAUGGACAAUUUUGGAGGGAUUCUGUGUUUACCGGAUGGCGUGUUCUUCCUGGGAGAUAGGGAUUAUGGAUCAAGGCUUCUCAUACGGAACUGUUAUUUGCAGUUACUCGAUUUAACUAAGAAGGAUAGUAAGGAAGGUGGCCCAGCCAGAAGUGGUUACGCAAUUACCGGCACACCCGGUAUUGGAAAGACAUACUUUGGAUUGUUUAUACUUUUUUACAUUCGAUGCAUAUAUCAUAAAGCCACGGUGAUCUGGAAUGACCAAAAUAUUUGCUAUGGAUUCUCUCCGGAAGGUAAUGUGCAAAAGGGAGAUGUCAACCAAUUUGAAGAAGCGUUAGAAAAUCCGGAAAAUUUCUACAUUGCUGACGCACUUAUGAUGAAAAAAUAUCCUGCCUAUAAGAUCUUGCUCACAUCACCGAAAGUAGAAAGAUUCAAUGAGGCUGUAAAAUGGCCAGGGUUUACCAAAUAUUUCAUGCCAGUUUGGGAACGCGAAGAAAUCAUCACGCUUUGGACCCUUCAAUAUAAGAAUAAGAAAAAUAAUGAAGGCGAAGAGCUCACAUUUGAAUUACUCGGGGCCCUGCUGACAAAGUGGGGACCCAUACCCAGAUCUGUCCUUCUAAAGUGGGACGAUAAGUCAUACCAACAGGAUUACGAUAGCUGA